GCUUUUAGCGACGAAUUCGUUAGAAAACAUCAAAGUAACCUGAACAGGAAAAGUUCUCGCUGUAUUUAAUGCGUUCGUAUUUAUUUAACGUCAGCUGUGUUUGUCGCUCAGUUUAUUCUAAGCCAAAAUGUAUAUUUGGGGUUGUAAGAUUCUGUAAAUUAUAUAAUGGUUUGUGUUUAACCAAUAGAUUACCUGUUUUAUGAUACAGGACAACUUUCACUGGAUGUAAAUUAAGCGUAACGCAUAAGAACACAAGAACUACAACUUUUGCCCCAUUCCGUGUUAAAACUACCAGUGCGCUUCUAAUAAAAGCCGAACUGGGGGUCGUUUGACCUGUUGGCAUUCACGAUCGAUAUUCGCUCAUUCAGAGAUAGGGCAAGGGAGAGACGAGUCUAAACGCAAGUCUACACUGAGCGUGCGCCCGGCGUGCAGAGAGAGAGACACCGUUUCUUUUAAAAACACCAAACGGCGGCGGUAAUGAGGGCAUUAGACGCGAACGCCAGCUGACAGCAGAAGUUGCCGCACUAACUUUUCACCUCAAAGCCGCGAAUGGAUGUGCGCUUCACUAAUGAGAAGAGCUGAGCUGCCCUGCUUCCUAACUAAGACAACACACGUUGGGUUAUCGUUACGCGGACAGUUAAAGCACCUGCCUCGAACCCGUUCCUCUCCUCGGAUGUUUUUUGCCUGGUGAUUCGUGUCCGGUAUAUGUCCACUCCACGGGACUAGUGUUCUCGUUAACGAAAGGUGCGAUGAGGCUGAUCUGCUGGAGCGUUCUGCUGUUCAUCCAAUGGAUCCUACGACAGGUGCACGGCUUGGAGAAACAGGUGGGAAAAUCUCUAGAUUACCUGGAGCAGGGCCCGUCCGGCACGGUCUUCAAAACUCUUCCGCACGGUGGAGCGCCCGAGGGAGGAGGAGCGGGUCCGACAGGAGGACUCAAACCUCCGUACCAGACCUCCAGGAUAUUCUCCACGGUGGACCACACACCCAUGAAACCAAAACCACCCACGUUCAGCUUCCAGAACCCGUACGAGUGGGUCAGAAACCAAUCGCAGCUGCUGGAUCAUACCGGUUACCGGCCCAAACGCAAACCUUCCCUAAAAACCUCCAUGAAGACUAAAAAGAUCUUCGGCUGGGGGGAUUUCUACUUCAACGUCAAGACCCUGAAGUUCAGCCUGCUCGUCACGGGGAAGAUCGUGGACCACGUCAACGGAACGUUCACCGUCUAUUUCCGACACAACUCCUCCAGUCUGGGGAACGUCUCGGUGAGCAUCGUUCCGCCAUCGAAGGUGGUCGAGUUUGAAGUUCUUCAGCAACAGAAUCCGCUUCACCAUCCGGAAAUCCAGUUUCACCAGCCGCACCAGUCCACCAUCGACCCCAAAGACAUCAAAACCUUCAACUGUCGCGUCGAGUACGAAAAGACGGACCGCUCCAAGAAGCCGAAGCCCUGCCUGUACGACCCGUCCCAGACCUGCUUCACCGAAAACACCCAAUCGCAUUCCUCCUGGCUCUGCGCGAAACCCUUCAAAGUCAUCUGCAUCUUCAUCUCCUUCUUCAGCAUCGAUUAUAAGCUGGUUCAGAAGGUCUGUCCGGACUACAACUUUCAGAGUGAACAUCCGUAUUUUGGAUGAGAGGAUGACCUCUGUUGUGAUGUGUUUUCUGCAAUUGUUCCUCUUGAAACUCCAGGAACGUACGAACACCGUCAUUGGGGAUCUGACGUUUGAUUUUUCUUUGUAUAUAAAAGAACAGCCCUAAUAUGUUCCAGCCCUUAAAGGACUUCAGCCAAACUUAAAAAUUCUGUCCCAGCAUCAUGCCAUUUCAAAUCUAAAUACAUACAGUUGUAAAAAGCAUCACGAAGUCGAUCUUUGUAAGGCACACAGUACAGAUUCUGCAGAAUAUAACAGUUUACAGGUUUAAAAUAACAUGAUGCAAGCACGACUUUGCAUUUUUGGGGAAAAUAUACUUUUACUAUCCAUUUCUUGCUUUGGUCAGUUUUUGUGUUGUUUGACUGUUAGACGAACAGGUGUCGUUUUUUUCUACUGUUCACCCUCAUGAACCCUUUCAGAAUGAGAAUGACAGCGUCUGAAAUACAGGAACUGUUUCUAACAGCAUCGAUGAUAUAACGGAGAGAUGCACUGAAAAUCCCGCCAGACCAGCUCAGUUGGUAUUGAAUCCAGAUUUACUUUUCUAUCACUUUAUUCUCUUAUAUUUGUUUUUAAGCCAAAAUACGUAUAACAAACCUAAUCGGGGCUUAUAUUAGCUUUUGCAAACUGUUGUGAAGAAUAUGAAGGCCACUAGUUGACAAGCAAUUGUUUUGAAGACAUAUCGACAUGCAGGAACUACACAUCCAGAUGUUUGAACUGUAUGUGCGGCUGUUGCUGAUGUUUGAGUCAUUUUGAGGCGACCAAACCCUCAGAGCAGACAAGUAGCAAAAUCUUUUAGUUUUUAUCUUAAACCUUCAGUUUUCUUUAGAAAAAGCCUUCAGUUUACUUGAUUCUAAGGAAUCUUCAAAAACUGAUUUAAAAUGAAAAAUCCCUGAAAUACUAUUUAGGAACUACACACGUGUGAGGUUGACCUCUAUGUUGGCAUAUCUAUAUUUCUUAUUAAGAUAAUAACAAAUAGAUCAAAAUGAAUGUUUUAAACAGAAUGUUAUUCACUGAUAUGAAUAACCUUUAUCUAUAAUGAAAUUAAAGCUUAUCUAUUUACUCUAAAAUUUAAUUAAAGGGACACAAAGAGAAUAUACGGACUGUGUUUCUGACACGGAGAUAAUGAUUUACCUAUAUCCCAUUUAUAUAUCUUUAAUUGACCUAUCUUGUUUUAAGUCUUUAUUUAUGGAGCAGCGUCUGUGAAUGAGACAGAAGUAUAUUGUGUGAGGAGGAAAUCCCGUUCUGUGCAUAAAGUAUUGCUUGAUAAUGUGUAUAGUAAACAUCGGGGCUAAAUAAUGUGUGUAAAUAAUGUAUCACAAAUAAAUAAUGAAAUCUAACCUGGUUGACCUACUGUUAUUUACAAAGAUGGCACCUUAUAAGGCACCUUAUAUUCUGUACCGGUGCAGGUAAGUUUCUAUUAAGUCAUAAGGUUUCUGUUUGACAUGUCAGUCUGUUAACCCAUUAAAUUCAGAUUGUUCCCAGCUAAGUGAGCUUGUGUUUUGUUGCUGCUUAUGUAAGUGGUGAGAAAUCUCGGGGACAAAAAUAUCAAUAAGAACCAAUAAAAUUCAAUAUAUACAUAUGGAUUUUUACAUGCAUUUCUCCACAAAUAAAUGC